AUGUUUAACAUUUUUUCUCGUUUCAUUUUUCAAAAAGAUUCAAGUUCCAUGCAACAAGAAUGUCGACGUGAUCUUAUAAAGCAUAUAUUGUUCGAAGCUCAAUCAAGUGCAAUAGGCAACAGCUUAAUCGAAACAUAUAAAGAAGAAUUUCGUUAUAUUGAUGAAAACCAAAUUUUAACAGAGAAAGAAAAAGUACUUGCAAAGAAAAUCAUUAACUUUAAUAAAGAUGUUGAAAACCUUCUCUUCGAAAAAGGGCAGAAGUAUAAACAUGAAGGAUGUGGUCGUUUCGGCUUUACUACUCUGUUUUGCGAACAUUGUGCUCGCGAUUGUCUUAUUAAUGAUUUCAAAAAUUGGACCUCAGGAAAUCCAAUUGUUGAUCGAGCUAUUCAAAAUGCACAAAUUAAUUGCCCUAUUCCACGUAGAGUCAUAGAAUGGGUCCCUUAUAGUGACCUGAAUGAUAUUAAAUUUAAAACUCGUGGUGGUUUUGCAUCGAUUUACACUGCUACUUGGAAAAAAGGAUAUAUUUUAUCAUUUGACAAUGAUCAAAAAUGCUUUAAAAGAUAUGGAACCGAAAAUGUAAUUCUUAAAAGGUUAGAAAAUCCUAAUGCAGAUGAAGAAUUUUUAAACGAAUUAUACUCGAGUGGAUUUCGAGUAGUAGCUUUGGGUGGGAUAUCUAAAGACCCAAAAACAGAAGAUUAUUUUCUUGUGCUUGACCAAUACGAACGAGAUUUAAGUCAAUUUAUACGAAAUAAAUAUACUUCGCUAAAAUGGAUGAAUGUUUAUAAUUUAUUUUGGGAUAUUUCUACCGCACUUUAUCGGAUUCAUCUCUCAAAUCUAGUUCACCGUGAUCUCCACCCCGGAAACGUUUUACAAAAAUUUGACGGCAGUUGGAGAAUUUCCGACUUAGGUUUUUGCAACCUAGCUCGUAAAGAAGAGAACCAUUUUUAUGGAAAUCUUCCAUACUGUGCUCCUGAGGUCAUUAAUAAUGGAGAAUAUACCAUUAAAUCAGAUAUUUAUAGUAUUGGAAUGUUAAUGUAUGAGGUUGUUACUGGUAUGCCACCAUUUUAUGAUCAGAGAAGCGAGGAUCUUGCAAUUAAUAUAUUAUGUGGAAUUCGACCGACUAUUCCGAAGGGAAUUCCAGAAUCAUAUCUACGAUUAAUGUGCAAUUGUUGGAAAUCAAAUCCGGAGGAUCGUCCUAAUAUCCUUCAUAUUGUAGAAUAUUUUUACGCAAAAAUCAAAGAAACGAUGAACAAUUCCAACGAUGUCUUAGUUGCGAUUCAAAAUCCUCCUUUUAAUGAUGGUAUUGCCAAAAGUCAAUUACAUGAAUUUAAGAAAUUUAUAAUACCUGGAGAUGCAACACAGGGUAAAAAUUAA